CGCAGCUUCGCUUCCCAUUUCAAACCAUAUCCCCUCUCCUCGCCUCCUCCCCUCCGCCUCUCUCCUCGUCGGCGGGAAGGGCCGCGACGCGACGACGAUGUGCCGGUGCGCGGCGGCGAUCGCGAGGGCGGUGGUGGAGUUCCUCGACGCCGUCCUCGUCGGCUUCUUCCUCUCCUUCUUCGGCCCCCACCCCCGCGACCGCGACCGCGACGACAGCCCCGGCUCCGGCCGCCGCGAUUCGCUCGCGCACAAGGAUCGGCUCGGGGAGCUGCUCUCGGACGACGAUGAGCUAGGAUUGGGAGGGAGGGGAGGAUCUCAUGAGGAUUUGGCUGAUGAUUGUGGCAGCGAUGAGGAGCUUCGAUCCGAGGCAAAUUUCCUCAAGUUAUGUGGCACACUAUUUGAAACACCAGCUGAACUCCAUAACAUAUCCUAUCAAAUCAAUAUGGAAAGUUACAUUGAGCAUGAUAAAAUUCCCACAAAUGUACUGGCAGUGGAAGCAACUCCAGCAUUUGAAUCUAAAUCAUCUGGAGGCUUUGAAUAUGGGGAGGAUCAUAUCUUGACGCCUCAACUUAACACUGAAGAUACUGAACAUCUUCCACUAGUUAAAUCAGUUUAUCAAUCAGCUAUCCGAGGCAACUCCCCCUUCCAGAACAUCAAAAGCAUCAACGAUGGUUCCAGUGAUUCACCCUUUCAUACUCCUCUAGUAUUGAGAGAUGAUAUGCAGACCCCCAGAACUGUUUAUACUUCACAUAAAGGAUCGUCUGGAAAGCGUGUGCGGACCCGCAAACAAUUCGCAUAUCCCAUCUUUAGACCAACAGAGAACAAGCUUCAGAAGAUGCAACUUUCAGAUUCUGCCAAGAUGACACAGCAGAUCUCUUCAGAUUCAGUGGUUAAAGGAGAAUCACUCAAUUCUUCACAUUUCCCUCUUGAGGUGUCUAAGUAUCAGCUCGACCGCCAAAGGCUAUUGGAUGCUGGAGAGAGAUCAAAGUCCAAUUCAGAUGAAAAUAUUGAGGUGUGCAGUCUAUCACGCUGGCUUAAAUCUUCACCCGCAGGAAACACGAACCAAAUGUACGAUGAGAACAAUCUUAUCGAAGAGGGACAUGCCUUUAUGACUUCUGAGGAUAAUGUGGAUGUGGACAAUCAUACUCCGAGGUUGUCCAAGGCUCGGGAUUGCCACUGUAUUCCAAACACAAGUAGAAAAUAUGGAGAGGAUCAACAUGUCAGCUGGCAUUCCACACCCUUUGAGGAAAGGUUGAUAAAGGUUUUGUCUGACGAGGAGGUGCCCCCUACAAGGAAACUUGUCCCUGGAAGGCUUCUCUAUCUUGAGGAAAGAGUUUGAGCCUGAAGAAAGAGUGUUGUGGCGAUAUUUGAGUUCAAACGUGGAUGAAAUCGUAUCAUCGAACUCUGAAGUUGUGCACUCUCAAAUGUGGACCAGCAUGUCAUUGCACAAAGUGGACUGAAACACAACUUACAGUACUGCGUUUUCUCUUGCAUCAUCAUCAUAUACCUGCCACUGUGCUUUUGCUUGCUCCCUGUUGUUACGAGACGUGAUGCUCUGUACAUAUGGUAUGGGCUAUACCUGCUAUGAUUUCUUAACUGCUUCUACUUCUAGACCUUUAGGUUGACAAUGUAAGUGUUUUUACUUAGCUGUCCUCUAGUUUCUAGAGCCAUUUCCCCUUCAGGUACAAGGGAUCAAAUUCAAAUGGCGUCGUAUAGCAUAGAGCAAUCUGACCUUCUAGUUAAGGCAUUUCAUCGUGUAUGCAACAUGCCCUCACCUCUCCUUGUUAAUAGAUACUGUCAUAUCCACUUAAUAUGUAAUCAUUUGCGUAAUUCUUAAGUCCUGAUACCACACCUGGUUUUCAAAUAGUA